AUGGGGGGAGGCCGCCACCGCAGGCUACGCUCUGCCACACCGGAGUACGACUUGGAAGGUUUCGAGUUCUUCACGAUCAUACUCGAGAAUUACUCCAAGAGGCAGAGGCUGCCUGGCACUUUUAUGAAGAUGCUAGAUAGCCAUCGGCCAAAGAAUGUGAAGCUACGACAGGCCGGCAGCGGGCUUCGCAGGUUGUGGGGCGUGGAGGUGGUGUUCAGGUACGACCACAUGUACCUGUGUCGUGGCUGGGAGCAGUUCAUCUGUGCCUACGACCUGCGGCACGGGUACUUCCUUGUCCUCAGGUACGACGGCAACGCCACGCUCACCGUGAAGGUGUUCAACACGACUAUGUGCCGCAUGCGCUACCAGGACAACGACGAUGCCACUUGA